UGCCUCGAGCCUUUAUUCCACCUGCUCACGCUGCAUCAUCUUCGACGAACUCUAUUGCCGAAUUUCACAUCGAAUCACUCCAGAUCUACUUUUUUAAGGCUGUCUGACGCUAAAAAUGUUUUCUCGAGAUCCAUCAGUGAGCAUUAAAGCCAGUGCCUCCUCCUUGUGCAACAAUCUUACGGUUUUAUCAUCGAAGGAGAAGCAGUCGUUAACUUAUGGCGUCGUUCAUAAGGCAUUUGUUUGUAUCACCACCGUUACUAAGGGGACUGUCGUCAACCAGAAACAAGUCUCUUGUAAAGGAGAAGGAGCUCAUAGUAGUUCUGCUGUGUUGCAGGCAAAGUGGUGUGAACUUCCAGACAGAACUGUCCUGGUUAUUACCUCUGUUAAGGGUGCCCAGAUGUUUGAAACUGAUGGAUCUAUAAUGAUAUUCUGGCAAGCACUUGGUGAAUCAAAGGAAGGAGUCUAUUCCCAUUUUGCAAGAGGAAUAUCGGCAGUAGGGGACAAGUAUAUUUGCGUUGGUACUUCUGAGGGUGGUAUCAUGGUGUUUGACAUUCCCCCACGUGGCACAGCUGUUAAACUACAGGAGACACUUACCUCACACAAGACAGCCAUUUGUGAGCUUGAAGCACAAGGUGGACGGAUGGUGUCAUCAGAUGAGGAGGGUAACAUCAUUCUGUGGCAAUCAGGAGGACAUUUUACAGAGAUUAUUAAGAUUGAUGGAAAAGGGUUUCCCUGUUCAACACUGUGCUUGUACAAGGACUUUAUUAUUGGUGGUUUUGCCACAGGUCACAUUAGAGUCUUCAGUGUGUCAUCUGGUGCACUUUGUAUUGAGGCUUGUGCUCAUGCUCGUUGGAUCAAUGCAAUGGAUAUUUCUGUAGAAGCAGGGCUGCUUGUCACAGUUUCAGAAGACUCUAGUGUCAGAGUAUGGAAGCUUUCUGCUGAUAGCAGUCCAACGAUGGAGAUGGUAUUUCAACAAGUCAUUGGAGAUACCCAGCUGUGUGGAGCAAGAUUCACAGACUUGUCAGGAGACUCCUUUGGUGUGGCUGGAUAUGACUUAGCAGAGAUAAUAAUGUUCUCCAAAAACUAGAAAUUUCCAUAAUUUAUUCCCGGUUACCAUAACGUCGAAAAUUUCCCAUAACGAUUACUUCGUGGGUGCGUAUCGAAAGUGGUUUUGCCAAAGGUAAGCCCGCAACUCCACGGCCCAGCGGGUCAGCGGCCCGCGGUAUUCUUAAGGUCCAAGGCCUGGCGACUCACUUUACUGCCACCUCUCCAAUGGGUGCUCCAAUAUGUCACGCUCUUGUAGCUCGUGGCAAUAAAAUGAUAAAGAUGAAAUCUGAGAACUUUGAGAAUGAAUGUCUGUUUAGCCGGCAGGUUCUGUGAUUAAAAAACGUUCAAAGACUAAACAUUUUCCCCAUGCAAAAUGAAAGGAGAUGUAGCAAAGCUUGCAAAUGGUUGAAAAUAUAAAAAAGCACGAGCACAAAGACUUGCCAUUAUUCGUCUUCAGAGUUCACAAUUUUGGUAUGUAUAUGUUGUCCGCUGACCAUGAAAAGUAGCAAUGAAAUGAGCCGCAGGCCGCGGGCUGCUCUUGGCAAAACCCUUUCAAAGAGACGUUGGUAAAACCUAACUUUGUCUUUUUUUCCUUUCUGACUUUUACUGGGCCUCAUUUUGUUGUUUUGCAUUGUAUUGUUUCCAUUUAAUACUCUUAGAUACAUAUUUAAUUAGCCGUAGCAACAGCGCUAUUUGCAGCUUGAAAAUCCUCUACAUAACAUGACAUAACGCUAUAAAUAUCGGUGCAGUAACCAGCUUAACAGUUUAAAAUAAAUUUUAUCUUGUUACAUAUCAAGGGUUUUAGUUCUUUAAAAAUGAUAUGAUUAUCGAGAUUAACCUUUUUGUUAUUUACAAGUAAGUUAGACUCCAUUGCCGUUGUUCAAAUUUGCAGCCGUUUUGGCUGGAAAAAGACAGCAAAUUCUGUUCUUUUUUUUCUGUAAAUAGGGCAGAUCACAUACAUAAACUGGGUUUUGAUAUAGUGCUUUUGGAAGGAGUUUGUCUCUUGCGGUGGCAGUUUUACUUGUAAAUAGCUGAUUAAUCGCCAAUAGAUUACUGUACUUACAACUGACGCAGUUUCGUCUCAAAAUCCUCUUCAUGACGUUGUAAAUAUAGUACUCGAGCGAAUCAAUUUGAUCCAUCAAGAGUUGUAGUAAUUUUAAAAAUUUUGCAAUUAUACAGAUUAACCUUUCGUCAGUUGUACCGACAAAUUCUGCUUUCCUCUCUGUUGAAUUGAGCACACUUAUCGACCACGUGAACUGAGUUUUACGAUUCAGGGCCCGCUUUUUGAAAGAAAAUUCAAGAACAAAGUAGUAAAAUUAAGCUAAUUUAGGGUUAAACAGGUCUCAUUUACGAUUUGAAUAAGUCAGUUUUCCAGAGAUUUUCAUCAGCAUCAUUUUCGCUGCUUGAGGGUCGACGACGAGUGUUACAGGAGAGUAGUGAACCUUGAUUAACCAGUAUGAUUAGGAUAAUUAGCUUGUGAAAAUCCGUCGUCAUAAGUGUUUUUCAAGGUGCAAUUACCUGACGUAUUUCAGCGACAAAAAAACUCUUUGUUCAAAUCAUAGACACGAUUUAAGUUCAAAUAUUCAUAAUCCACAGAGCGAACUUUGAACGACGCCAAGGUACAUUCUAGGUUAGUACAAAAAUUAACGAACACCGGAAGUCUUCUCAUGGCGACAUAUGAAGAUGCCGUGGGUUUUGCCAGUGUUAGAAAAUAAGAUCAUAAAAUUUCUUCGUUGGUUAUUUUUCCAGAUAAAUAAUGAGCUAUUUCUUCGAUGCUGAAGUUACCUAAGUAGAACGCCAGCAGUUCAAAAUAAAUCCGUUUCAGUUGUUGAUUAGAGAAGAUUCGGUUUUUUUUUGUUACAUCUUUAUUCUAAAUGACCUGCAAAUUAUCGGUUUGAAGUAAAAGUACCAGUCACAUACAGUGUACUUUAAAAAAAUAACUGGAAAAAUUAUUAAAUCGUAGGUACACUUUGAUUUAGAUAGUUAUUGAGAAGUGAUUUGUAACCAUCAGCCGAGCUAUUUAUAAGAUAUUAAUUCUAAUGAUAUUUAUCAAUAAUGGUAGAUCUGUCUAUGAGUCACUUCAAUUUCAGUAUCAGAGAGUUGCUAUGAUGGCGACUCAUCUUGCACAACUAUCGUUAAUACUUAAAUUUAGUUAUAAAUUAGUGUUCGUUUAUUCGAGGGAAAUAUUCGAUGAGUUAUAAAAAUUUUUUGCUUUCGUGCAGAUAGAGAACUAAUCUGCAGGGUUUGUAUUAAACUUAAUGUAAAUUUUAACUUUGUCAACAACCCGUGACAUACUUAUGCAAUUAUCACUGUGAAACUAAGGUGUGGUCCCAGAGUGCAUGUGUAUUUGAACCUUCUUUUCGACAGGAAUAACGAUGAUUUUGAUGCAAUUAUCUUAAUAGGAGACAACCUUGCAUUAGCUUUAAUGCAAAUAGGAAGCUAAUGAAGGACUCCUUUAAUGGCAAAUCAUAGCCUACGCCCUCACACACAUAAAUGAACGAAGUGACGUUACAUUAAAGUGGUUGAACUUA